UGCAGCCUGGCCUUCCGGAGACGCGUCAUCAACAUGGCGGAGUUCAGUCCUGCGGGCCUCCUGGCGGCUCUGCUCCUCUUCACGGCGCUGACGGUCCGGGACGUUUAUCUCGGCCGUUCGAGCCCGCAGCACGGACAGCAGCCGGCCGGAAGCCCCGCUCUGCCCCCGGACCCGCUGCCGGACGCAGGGCCCGGGGCCCCCGCGGGGCCGAGCCUCCACACCGGGCCCGCGCUCAGGUUCCAGUACUGUAUCUCCUGAGGUUACAAUAAAGUGUUCCAGGAGUACUCUCGAGCCAUCAGCCAGCUGUACCCGGACAUCCGCAUCGAGGGCGAAAACUACCCCCCCACCCCCUUCAACAGGUGUGUUGGUAACCUGAUCUCUUACCUGAAGCUCCUCUCCAUCCUGCUGAUCGUUAGCGGUCAGAAUCCCUUCAUACUCCUCGGCCUCGACACUCCCAGAGCCUGGAACUGGAGUCAGGACAACAAGAUUUUCUCCUGUCUGAUGGCCUUCUUCCUCUGUAACAUGAUGGAGACUCACUUCCUGUCUACAGGAGCCUUCGAGGUCACUCUGAAUGACGUCCCCGUGUGGUCCAAGCUUCAGUCGGGUUACGUCCCAAACAUCCAGGAGAUCUUCCAGAUCCUCGACGACCAUCUGAAGAUGAACCAGGUGGAGCCCAUGAGCUUCUCGUCCUCUUAGAGCUGCACAGCUGUGCUGCGUUCAGGUGUCCCGGCUCAGUGGUACGUUCAGCCGCUGGCGUUCAUGAAGGUUCGGCCUUAAAGCAGACUCUGCGGGGCCCGGCCGGAUGUCCCCCGCCUCGAAACGAGCGUUCCCUCUGCACCGGGUCACAACUCAGCACUACAGUACCCAUAAUGCACCUGUCAGCACAGAUGGAGUCAGCUGAACUCACAGACUGACUGGUUUCUGUUGGGUCAGAUUGACUUUAUUUAUUUAGUGUGAGGUUCGGAAUUAAACUACGGUACCACUGUUAGCUUCAUGCUAAUUAGCCUCCGUCUGGACCGGCAGCACCCGACAGGAAACAGAAAUAAACAGAAAUGUACUGAAUCAAUAAAAUCUGGUUUAUGUAACAAA